CACCAAAUUUAACAAAACAGUUGAAAUCGGUAUAUAAUACGUACGCUUCCCGACGUCAUUAUUACAGUAUCAUUGCCACCCGUACCGAGUUCUUCGUCUCUGGACGUAGGCAAUAUAGAAGGCAUCACCCGGAAGAAUUAUGCUGAAUAGAGGCGGGGAAAAGUUGUGCGGCCGACUUUGAAUUGUUUUGGAUAAGUGAAGUCCUUUUGGUUGAGGGAGGUUUUUCUGUUCGGAUGAAUCAUGACAGACUGGGGAUCUUACUAUGGCUCUCGUUUUGAGGAAGACGAGGAACAGGAUCAGGAAGGAGGAGGAGAAGCGGAAGGUGAAUUUAAAUAUGCUGGACGGGAUAGUAUAAUUUUCCUGAUUGAUGCUUCAAAAGCCAUGUUUGAAUCCACUGAUGAGGAAGAACUUAGCCCAUUUGACAUGACAAUAGCGUGCGUGAGAAAUGUCUACACAAGUAAGAUUAUCAGCAGUGAUAGAGAUUUGCUGGCUGUGGUGUUCUUUGGAACUGGAAAGCACAAGAACUCUGUUGACUUCAAACAUGUUUAUGUUCUGCAUGAUUUGGACACUCCAGGUGCUAAGCGUGUAUUGGAACUGGAUACGUUUAAAGGAGAACGAGGACAUGAAUGCUUCCGCGAGACCAUUGGCCAUAGUUUAGACUUUUCUUUGGGUGAAGCACUCUGGGUCUGCUCUAAUUUGUUUAGUGAUGUCAAACUUAAGCUGAGCCACAAGAGGAUCAUGUUGUUCACCAAUGAAGAUGACCCACACGCUGGUGAUAAUACAAAGGCUAGGAUGGCAAGAACAAAAGCAGAUGACCUUCGUGAUACAGGUAUCAUCCUUGAUCUAAUGAACCUUAAGAAACCAGGUGGGUUUGAUGUCUCCCUCUUUUUCCGUGACAUAAUAACACUGGGGAGUGAUGAAGAUAUAGAAUUCCAUACUGAGGCAUCUGGGAAGCUGGAUGACCUUUUGAGGAAGGUUAGAGCCAAAGAGCACAAGAAAAGAACCCUAACCAGGCUUAAGUUUAAGAUGGGUGAAAGUGUGACUUUCUCUGUUGGAGUUUAUACCCUGGUCCGUUCUGCUACCAAACCUUUCCCAGUGAAACUUUACAGGGAAACCAAUGAACAAAUAAAAACCAAGACCCGCUGGUUUAGUCCAGAGACUGGGAGCCUGCUGCUCCCUAGUGAUAUGAAGAAAACACAGACCUAUGGAAGUCGACAGAUAGUGAUGGAAAAUGAGGAGGUCGAAGAGGUGAAGCGAUUUGAAGACCCAGGUUUUGUUCUUAUUGGCUUCAAACCCCUUUCAAUGUUGAAACUGCAUCAUCAUAUUAGGCCAGCUCAGUUCCUUUACCCUGAGGAGUCUAUAAUCUCAGGUAGUACCACCCUUUUCAGUGCCUUGCUCACCAAAUGCCUUGAGAAAAGAGUGAUGGCUGUGUGUAGAUACACUGCACGAAGGAAUGUUGCACCUCGAUUUGUGGCACUGCUACCUCAGGAUGAGGAACUGGAUGAACAGAAGGUGCAGAUAGCGCCUCAUGGUUUUCAUGUAAUUUUUCUGCCGUACGCGGAUGACAUCAGGAAGCUAGAUUACCCAGAGAAGGUUCAGGCCAAUCAAGAUCAGAUAGACAAGAUGAAGGAGAUAAUUAACAAACUAAAAUUUAAGUAUAGGAGUGAAAGCUUUGAAAAUCCAUCUCUUCAGCAGCACUUCAGAAAUCUGGAAGCCCUGGCUCUGGAUAUGAUGGAACCAGAGAACGUUCAAGAUCUGACCAUGCCAAAAGUGGAUAUGAUUGAUCGUAGGUUGGGGUCUAUAGUAGAGGAGUUUAAAGAGUUGGUUUAUCCACCAGAUUACAAUCCAGAGGGAUCGGCAAAGCGAAAGCAAGGUGGCAGUGAUGCAUCUGCAGGGAAAAAACCUAAGAUGGAGGUUUCAUUGUCUAAAGAAGACUUGCGGAACUACGUCAAUAAUGGUACUCUAGGAAAAUUGACUGUCCCUGUACUAAAAGAUGCCUGCAAGCAGUUUGGGCUCCGGGGAAGCAAGAAACAGGAACUGCUAGAUGCUCUUACUGACUACUUUAAAAAACACUGAAUUGCUACUUUAAAAAGCACAGUAAGACACUGCAGAGGAAUAAGUCCAGGAACAUUUUCAAUGUUAUAAGGUUACAAGACCAAAGGAAUGCCUGCUACUUAAAUGUUAUUCAGUUGAAAAUGUUUGAUGUAAAGCUGUUUUAUGUAAUGAGGGUUUUAAUAUGGUGAGCAUUCUGAAAACAUGAGAACUUCAAAAGUGACUGAUCAGACACUGUAUAAAAGCAUUUCCUUUCCAUUUAACUUUGAAAGUACUGUUUACAGAAACUAAAAGCAUGGAUUGCACCAGUCUACUGUCUUAAAAGUCCAAUAUUACAACAUGAUUUUUUAGCUAUACAUAUUCUUUUAGGUCAUGCAUGUGUUCAGUUGACACAACUGACCCGUUCUUUACGUCAUCAGGUCAUAACCAUUGCUGAUGGGUGUGGGAGUCGUGCAGUUCUGGGCUGCCAUCCUGAAUCUAUUGACUUUUUUCCUGUGUGCAACUAAUGUCGUCCUUGUUCAUCUUGACAACUGCUUCACAUAACAGCAUUGUGGGUAAAAAGUGGUCAGUUACUGAUGGAAGCAGCUAACCUUAGCUGGCAGCCUUGUCCGCUAACAAAUUGAUGCUUCCUAUCCAACUUACCGAGUCUCCAUUAGAGUCAUAUAUAUGCCCACGAGAAGUGAACAACUGUGCCCUUCAUGGGAUGGGCAGGUUAACAGUGGCCACUCAUUUCUCAUCCAUCCACCCCAGCUCCUCCAGAGCUCUGGCUUCUAACUGAACCUGAAUUGUCUGGAUAAUAACCCUUUGCCCCACAGAAGUGGAUUUAUAGUAUCAUGUAUAUGAAAUGUUUGGGCAGGGUAGAUGUUAUACAGUACAGACAGUAGAAUAAGAGAAACAGAUUGUAAACGUUUUGUAGAGGCCUAAGUAAACAUACCGUUUCUUGUUGUUACACUAUGUUACUUGAAAAGUUGCUUACAAGACGAAGUAGAGAUGCAUUCUCAGGUGUUCCUCAAAUUUGUAUGCAGCUAGUCGCAAGGAGAAGGUUGAUCAGUUUAAAAUGUGUAGUGACCUCCAGACAACUAGAUAGCCAGCAUCUGAGUUCAAAGCUAUAGCUUGUAGGUGUCGAUUGUGUUCCUUAAUUUAGUGUACAGCUUGUCUCUGAGAGAGGAUUGAGCAUUUCAGAGAGAAAUUCAUCCUGACACCAGAAGCAGUGUAGCCAACAUCUGAGUUCAGGGUUGUGGUUUCCAUGUGUCAAAGUAUAGUAAUCAGCUUGAAAAACUGAGGCCGUAAUGAGGCUAAUGUCAGAUGAUACAUGACAGGCGGUGUAGCACUUAACCUAAACUUAUGUUUCUUCAACAGUGGGGACUUAUAGUAAUGUAGAUCAUGAACAGAGUGCUGAAUUAGUAUGGUGUCAGGCAUUUGUACAUGUGUUGUGUAAAAAAAAAAAAAUAAUAUAUAUAUAUAUAUAUAUAUAUAUAUAUAUAUUUAAUUAUAAAUGUCAUACACACAUUCUUGCAUGUCUUACUACUGUUGCAUUUUCCUUGAACAAAACUGUUUACUGUUGCAUUUUCCUUGAACUUUGCUAAAUAAAGAUGUGAUCUCACACA